AAGCAUCGAGCUGUGAUUGGCUGGUAUUAUUAUCCAAUGAGGAAACUGACACUUUCAAACUAGACUGGCGUUUCAACGCUUGUGUUGUUUUUUAUGGAUUUUGGCAUUCCAUCCGAAAUCACGGCGGUUUAAAGUUUUUGCUUUUGAACUAAAACUAAAGAUCUUUUAAAAUACCUCCUGAAACAUAAAAUAGACUUGUCUUCUCCAAGGGAGCCUGCUUUAAGAUUGUGAGGGAAAAUGUGCUUAAAGCCUCUCUAGUAUUGUUUGUUUUAGAAGAGGAAAGUCCUGUUUCAGUUUUUCUCAAAGCAAAACAAAGAAGUUACUCUCUCAUGGCUAAUACCACAACAACUCAAGCCUCAUACAUCACAGUGGAUGCACAGGUUGAUGAAUGCCGUGAAAAUGUUCCACCUAGAGAUCCUAAAGCUGUUGACUCUUCAAAGCUAGAAAAUGCUGAGAAUUUCACCUUCCAGUUGGAGGAAGAUGGUGUGGAUGCUUUUGUCUCUUCCACUCCUGCUUCAAAGAAUAAAACCAGUGAUUUCCAGGAAAAGUCGUCACUGUCAGGUGUCCAAUCUGCUGUAACCCCAGUCUUAAAAGAUCUAAAUAUUCAGAAUAAAAGCGCAUCUCCAGAGCCUUUUAAACUCCGAAACAGUCCUAAUCCUGCUGUUCCUUCUCAUUUUUAUGCUGCAAACUGUCAAAAAUCAACCAGAGAUUCAAAGACACAAAAGAAUGGUGAGGAUUUCUCGAUGAUCAAUGAUGAAUGCUUGCCAGAAGUUACUCUGUCUGAUCUUACCUCAGAUUCAAUGUUGGACCUGACAAUGAAUGAUUCAGUCUUCCCUGAAAGACAACAUGCAACUCCUCAGCUUUAUAGUAAAAAGACGAACUCUUCACAUCAUCAAAAUGGCUUUUAUGCAAAGGUGGAUGACUCUUUUCAGAGUGAUCUUUCAUUCCGAGGGAUUUUUAAUGACUAUUUACAAGACAUUACUCUCCUUGAAGUUACUCGGGUCUCUCCAGUUGAACACGUGUCCUUCAGGGACAUGGAACAUGACGGAGCUGCUUCUGAUCAUAGUGAUCAAAUUAUGACAGACAAAUCGGACACAAUCACGAUUGAGGAACUCUCCAGCACGAGCGGAAACUCUGCCCAGAGUUCAAGGCAAAACUCAAUUAAGGCAGCCUUGGAGGUAACUCAGGAUGUUACUUUGGAAAACAGCAAGUCUGUAUCUGAGUCCGGUGGACAAAAAGUGGAGAAAUCUCAAAAUCCAGUUGAUAGCACUCAAGUUAUUAAUAUUACUCGUGAUCUGUGCUCCUCUUGUGAUGCGUCUACCAGUGUCGACAUCUCUUCCUCUGGCACAGAAAGAUCAACCCAUGAGGUUUGUCCUGAACCCAGAGGAAACCCUGAUUGCAUAGAGGCUAAGAUGGUCACAAAGGAGUCGCAACGGAGCCCAGAAUCAGAGACCAGCUGUCAAAAACUAGAGAUAUAUCAGAGUUCAGACACACUCUGUAUCCACGCUAUUAAUAUUCUGAGCUGGUUACGUAGAAGUGUUUGUUAAGCACUUCGCUGCUUAACAAACAUUUCUCUUUUAGCUUGCUCGUCUGUACAGACUGCACUGUUGCCUGCUGACAUGGACAAAUCCUCCCCCGAGUUGGAAUCUGAAUCCAAAGACAAACCGUUAACUUUUGUGUUUUUCAUAACUGCAUUCACAACAACCAACAAGGAGUCACAACAAACCCUGAAACCAGACGUGUCUGCAAACGGUACAUUUACAGUUGAGCAGCUCUCUUUACAGACCUUUUCCAUCGUCAAUAACGAGACUCUAGAUCUUCCACCGACCAACGUUAGCAAGACAAAAGAUGUUGAGGAAAACGGAGAUCAACAAACCUCUGUCAACUCUAAAACUGAAACUUCCUUUGUUGUGCAUCAGAGCAGCUGUGAUGCAAAGGAAACCACAUUCGCCACUGGGCAGAAUGCCACUGCGGACAGAGAUCCUCUUCAAAAAUAUAAACUCCAGAUCGGUUCCGCCGUAAAGGAAACUCCUGCUCCACUUGGUCAGCGGAACGGCACAUUUGAUUAUAAGCUUCCUUCACAACUAAACGGCACGAUAACUUUGGCAGAAAUGAGCUCGAAUGACAGUCAUCAGAGCGACCUGGGCAGCUCCUCCACUUCCAAAGCAAGAAAUGCAACAAUUACAUUUAAAGACGCCUGUUCUGAAAACAACUCAUCAAAACUCCAAACAAAUGAAGCUGCGGAACCAGAAACCAAGAAGGAUGGAAGCCCAAACAUGACAUUUGAAGCUGCAGAACCAGAAACCAAGAAGGACGGAAGCCCAAACAUGACAUUUGAAGGUGCAGAACCAGAAAUCAAGAAGAACGGAAGCCCAAACAUGACAUUUGAAGGUGCAGAACCAGAAAUCAAGAAGAACGGAAGCCCAAACAUGACAUUUGAAGCUCCUCUACAGCCAGCCAAUGUGUCCAUAUAUCUUUCACAAUCAGAUCUUUCCGAUUUUGAUGAGAAUUUGGUUUUAAGACCUCAGUGCUUGGCAUCUUCUACACCAAUGGUGAGCAUUAAAAUGUACACCUUGGAGACAAGGAGAGAGCCAGGCCACAUCCUAGCAGCGCAGAAAAAACUUUAUGGGAAAACACCUACUGAACCGUCAAACACCGUCAAACCGUCAAACAUCAUUGGUGAUCGUAAAACAUUCUUCAAGCAGCCCACAGCUAAAAACCUUUACCCUUCCUCCAAAAUCGCCUCCGAGUUGUUGAAACGUAAUCCAUCAGCGGCGGCAACAGGCCUGCUGGUGAAACAACAGAGACCAGAUGGAGAGGCUGCGAAAAGUUCUGCUGCUCCACAGGAACAGGAGAAAAACUCAAGUUCGUACAACCUGCGAUCUUUAGCCUCCAAGCUGCCGGCCCCCUCUGGUUUGCAGAGGCCUCAGGUGAGCGGCAUUCCCGUUGGCGUCUCGAGGGCUACGCUGAAUCUGAGAGCAGCUCCCUGCUCAAGCUCAGAAAAACCAAGUGGACCUGCAGCUGCCAACUCUUUCACAAAGAUGGCACCAGGAAAGAGGCAUCCUUUGGCUAAAGGAGACGUUUUUCCUGUGUCAAAGAGGAAGAAAACCGAUACCAGCACAACUGAAGCUCCUGUUUCCGUCAGCGACGCCACCAGUGGGGUAAAGACGGGGAAACGGCCCACAGCCGGCCACAGAUCUGCCCCAGAUAAAUCCUCCAGAACUGAUGCUGCAGCUGCUAAAACUGCAGCAUCAUAUGAUGUCAUCGGCAGGGGGAGGGGCUUAAAACAGCCCGCAGCCAAUCCCAGAGCUAAACAUGUUAAAACACAAAGCCAGGGUUGUACCAAAUGUGAACAUCUGUCACAGGAAAUAGAAAGGUUAAAGGAAGUGCUUCGCAAGCAUAAAAUACCACUGAAUGGCUGAAGAUUUCUGUAAUUUUAAAAAAUAAUGAAAGUUUUUAAACUUUUUGUUGCUUUUGAUUAAAUGUGGAUUUAUAAAAUAAACAAGAAUAAAUUUCUAUGAUUAA